ACCCUUUCUCUCUCACUCACUCAAAUAAUCUCACUUAUAUAUAUUUCACCCUCUCUCCCAUCCCUCUUUACCACCAUGUGGAUAACUAUCUCCCCACUCCUCCCUCUCUGAUCAUGGCCGCUCCCAAUCAUUUCCCCAUCGCCGCGGCCGUCGCCAUCUUCCUCGUCUGCCAUGCAGCCGCCGCCGCCGCCACUCAAUCCUCCGCCUCCGAAUUCUUCUCCCUCGCCGGAAAAUCACAGAGCUACUGCAACAUAACCGGAGUCUCAUGCGACGAUCUCCAAAACGUCGUGGAGCUCGACCUCUCCGGUUGGUCCCUCGCCGGAAAAUUACCUGAUCAAAUAUGCAUGUACCUCCCCCACCUCCGCAGCCUCCGCCUCGGCCCCAACACCUUCCACGGCCACUUCCCCGUCGGAAUCACCAACUGCUCCCUCCUCGAAGAGCUCAACAUGAGCUCCAUGCACCUUACCGGACCCCUGCCCGACUUCUCCCCGCUCCAAAAUCUCAAAAUCCUCGACCUCUCCUACAACAUGUUCUCCGGCGACUUCCCCAUCUCCAUCACCAACAUCUCCCAAAUCGAGAUCAUCAACUUCAACGAGAACGCCGCCUUCAAUCCCUGGAAGCUGCCCCAGAAUUUCACGGCGUUAACCAGAUUAAAGACGCUGAUCCUCUCCACCUGCCAGCUCUACGGCGCCCUCCCGCCGUGGCUCGGCAACAUGACCUCCCUCGUCGACCUCGAGCUGACCGGCAACGCCUACUCGGGCAGCAUCCCGCCCGAGCUCGGCCGCCUCCGCAACCUCCGCCAGCUCGAGCUCUACUACAACCUCCUGACCGGAGAGCUGCCCGUGGAAAUUGGAAACCUAACGGAGUUAGUGGACCUGGACAUGUCCGUUAACAAAUUUAACGGCGGCAUACCGGAAUCCGUCUGCCGCCUCCCCAAGCUCGAAUUCUUCCAGCUCUACAACAGCUGUCUCAGCGGCCAAAUCCCGGCGGCACUCGGAAAUUCAACCACUUUAAAAAUGCUUUCCCUCUACGGAAACUUCCUCUCUGGCGAGGUCCCUAGGGACCUCGGCCGGUGGUCCCCACUAGCUGCGGUGGAGCUUUCCGAGAAUAAUCUCACUGGAACGCUCCCCGACGGCAUGUGUAGCGGCGGGAGGCUCAAUUACCUCCUCCUUUUGAAAAACGAUCUCUCCGGCAAGAUUCCGGCGAGUUAUUCCGACUGCAAAUCCCUCGUCCGUUUCCGCGUCAGCAAUAACAACCUCCAAGGGAACAUUCCAGAAGGUCUCCUCUCCCUCCCUCACGUCUCCAUCAUCGAUCUCGCAUACAACAAUCUCACCGCCGCCAUUAACAAAUCAAUCCGAUUUGCUUAUAAUCUAUCGGAGCUCUUCCUUCAAGGGAACAGAAUCUCCGGCGCGAUUCCGCCGGAGAUCUCCUUCGCGAGAAGCCUCGUGAAAAUCGAUCUGAGCUACAAUCAAUUGUCAGGACCAAUUCCAUCCGAGAUGGGAGAGCUGAAGCAGCUGAAUGUCCUUCUCUUGCAAGGCAACAUGCUGACAUCUUCAAUCCCUGAGACUCUCUCCCGCCUCACCUCUCUCAACCUCGUCGACCUCUCGAACAACGAUCUCUCCGGUGAGAUACCAGAGAGUCUCUCCGCGCUCCUCCCAAACUCCCUUAACUUCUCCAACAACCGCCUCUCCGGCCCCAUCCCCCUCCCUUUUAUGAACCAGGGUUCCCCACAUGCCCUCAUUCGUACGGUCGGAGGAAGAUCAACAGCCUCUGGCUGAUCCUGAUCUCCUUUGCCGUAGUGAUGGUAGGGGCGGCUCUCUACCUUCGGAGAUGGUUUAGCAGAGACAGAGUCGGGAUGGAACACGAGGACUUUGUCUCUGCUUCCUUUUUCUCCUACGAGAUCAAGAGCUUCCAUCGCAU